CAUGAACCUUUUUUAGAAGAGAAAGUUUGAAACCAGUGUGCUUGACUAACCCAAGCUGAUUGACAUUGAACAGUUUGUUAGACUGGAGGUUAAACUAUUCAAGUUCAGACAUCCAGUUUCUCUGCAUAUUCAAACAAAACUUCCCCAGAAACUGAGAUGGUCGCUGUGUUUCUGCUCGUGUGCAUCUCACUGAAGCUGUUCCUUCAGACUCAAGGUCAAAACAUCCAUAAGGCAAAGAUUUAUGGUAUAUCCAGAGAGAUUCCAGAAGGUGAUGACCUUGAGGUUACUUGCAGCACGUUUGGUUAUACAAAAAAGAUUGUUUAUUUAUAUCUGUGUCAAAACGGGAAAGCUAUAGAUAUGAAAAAACAAUGCAAUCUCGAAGACACAGUCUUUAGAAUACAGCAUAUAGAAAAGAAAAAGACAGGAAAUUAUAGCUGUGUGUUCUCAGAAGAUCAUUUGAAAACAACUGAAGUGAUGGGAUAUGGCGAAAACAACAUCUUCAUAAAUGUGACCGACUUUAAGACUGCUGAGAUCCGUUUACUUGAGUCUGAAGUACAAGAGGGAAGUGAUGCUGAGUUCACCUGUACACCAUCAAAGUUUUUAAACAGAACCCAGACCAGACAGUUGAUUUUAGCAAUUUUAAUAAAAAAUGGAACGAAUGUCUUUGUAGUCAGUAUUUUGGACCCAAAGGAGACAAUGGCAACAUUCACGCUUAGAAAAGUCAGGAAGGAUGACGCUGGAACAUACAGUUGUGUUGUGAUGAUGAACACACUCUUUCAUCCGGAAAAGUGGGUCUCUGGAAAAAAUGAAGUCAUCCUUCACAUAACAGCUGCACCUGUGGUGUACAGUAGCACUGGAGAGGUCAAAAUAUUCAUAGUGUGUUUAAUCGUAUUAUUGUUCACCAUUCUGUUACUGGGAAUUUUGGCAAUGAUCCAAAAGCAAGGACUUCUUGGAUGCCUUAAUAAAAGAUGUCUGGAGAACGAGAAGGAGCCUAGAGAAGUAGUCCGAGUAUGCCAUGAAGAAACAGGUGAAGCUGAAGCUGCUUGUGCAAUAGAAAGCAUCUGUCACUUCUCUGAGUGGGAUGACUUCUCUGAUACCGAGGAAGACGACCUGCAUAUUUAUCAGGAACAUCGGGAUAUUGAAGAAAACUAUGCCGUGUCUACUAAAAGGCAACAAAGCAUUGUAAAAUUCGUCUGUGAUGUGUGAAUUUCUGAGGUAGCGUUGGUUGGAUUCAGCCAUAACAUUUUUUUUUUAAUGGUCUGAGUAUUUGAUGAACAUAUAAUACAUGUUAAAAGCAUUCGGUUAAUAAUCUCAUUUUUGACAGAGGUGGAGUUUAGAUGCUUUUGCAUCUGAGCUCCUCAUAGAUUUAUAUGAAUAACCUGAUCUGAUGUCCUUCUUUUAGACGUGGCUCACAAUGUAAAGAUUUGCCUUCAGUGUUUGGAAAGUACAUACUAUUAAAAAUAAUAGUUUUAUUUUUGCCACUGACCCUUAUACGCUGCAGCCGAUGCAUAUUUAACCACCUUCACAGAAAAUUAUGUGUCAGGUAGGAAGUGAAACGAGAAUAGAAAUGGACCAGAAUGCAUGGUGCACGUCCAGCAAACGUGUAUCUGCUCAUGAAAUAGGUGUAACCACAAAACACUGUAGUCAAAAUAACAUACCCCUGCUUUGUGCUUUUCACUGCAGCUUAUGAACACAAGAACAAGACGAACAUUUUGCGAUUAAAACACAUAAACCCAACACCACUACAGUUUAAUUAAGCACUAUCGCUUGAGUAGGAGUGUGACAUGGCUCUAUAUCAUCAUUAGGCCAGAGGCAAUCACAGCAGUGAUGAUACAGAGCUAUAUCACACAUCUCUGAGAGCGAUAUUACUUUUAUACAACAGUUCGACGGCACACGUUUGAAAAAAAGAAAACUAAAAAACAACAACAGAGUGAUUUUAAAAACCUUUUUGUUGGGAAAAUGCUUUCUUCCACCACGGAUUUGAAGCUCAGAAUGAAAGGUAACCCUUUCAACCCGUUUUAACAACUCAAUAGAUGGAAUAGCCGUUUCUCAAUACUGUUUCUUGGUCACAAAGUGUAGUUUUAAGAUAAGUUCAGGUGAGAAUAUAUAUGAAUGCCCUGAAAUGUAAGGCCAAAACGUCUCGAUCGCCCCCCAGUGACUGGUCCUAGUAUAGGUCAUAGUAAACCCCAUUUCCCCCAUGUUAUUCAAUGGGACUAACUAAACAAUUUAAUUACACUUCAAAUAUCUUGUUUCCGAAGCUGGUUUCUGUCAUUUAAUGUAGUUUUUAUCACGCUGAUGUAAAUUCAAGUGUUUUCUUUUUUAAAUAAGUUUGUUUUUAGUUUGUUUUUUAUGCUAUAAAUCCGGUGGUGUGACAUCAUGAUUGACAGCUGUGAUUGACAGCUAUCUGAGCCAGGCGACGUAGUCACAUAAGCAUCAAUACACUUUUUCUCUUUGCUUACCCCAUUGGCAGAUUUUUUUGCUUGGUUUAUGAACAAAAUCCCUUAAAUUUGAUAUUUUUGGUCUAAAAACUAGACUUAUUUUCUUGGGUCGUUUUGCUCAUCAAGAAAAAGAAUCUUACUUUUUAGAUAUUUUUACUGAAAACAAAACAAAAAUACUAAGAUUUUUUUUUCUUGAAAAUAAUUUUUUUGCAGUGUAAUAAGCGGGAUAAUUUACAGCAGCUGGUUGUUAUUGCAAAUAAGCUCCUCCUCUUCGCGUUCAGUCCUGAUCACACUGUCUGGGAUUAUUUCUGCAAUAACAACCUGCUGCCUAUACAUUAUCCCUUACUUAAGAUACCUUAGUUGUGAAAUUUUUAUCUAUGCUUUGAUAUUCUGUGUUGACAUGAUUGUAAAGUGUUUUACUGUAAAUAAUUGUAUUGCAUAUAGGCGGACCUAUAAAACUUAAAUUGAAUGUUGUAUUUUUAUGUAAUUUCUUUUUCUCUGUUAGACAGCUUUGUGAAAUUCUUGGAUGGUC